UAAAAUAAGCGAUUCGUUUACUUAACAGUAGUUCAGACGAGCCGACUCUGUGCCGAGUCGCCGCUGUAGGGACGAGCAGGGGACAAUGGCCGGGCAGGUGAAGGCUCUGGUGGCCGCUCAGUGGUUGGCCGAGGCGGUGAGAAACAGCCGCGUGGGCCCGAGACUGCGGGUUCUGGACGCCUCGUGGUAUCUCCCGAAACUAAAGCGGAAUGCACACGAGGAGUUCCGGCAGCGCCACAUCCCCGGCGCGUCGUUCUUCGACAUCGACGAGUGCUGCGACAAGUCGUCCCCGUACGAUCACAUGCUUCCCGGGGAGAACGAGUUCGCCGAAUACGUGGGGAAUCUGGGCGUCGAAAACGACACGCACGUGGUCGUCGAACCCACUACAUAUGACUGCAGCGACCUGGGCUCGUUCUCGGCGCCGCGCGUGUGGUGGAUGUUCCGGCUGUUCGGGCACCGCUCCGUGUCGGUGCUGAGCGGCGGGAUGAAGGCCUGGCUGCAGGAGGGUCACCCGGUCACCGACCUGCCCACCGCACCGCAGCGCGUCAGCUUCAGAGCCCAGAGGAACCCGAACUGGGUCAAGACCUACGAGGACGUCCUGCAGAACCUCACCGACCGGAAGUACCAGCUCGUGGACGCCAGAAUGGAGGGACGCUUCCGGGGGCUCGAGCCGGAACCGCGAGAAGAUACUGAACCCGGUCACAUCCCUGGCAGCAUCAACAUGCCCUUUCCAUCCUUCAUGGACUCCUCGGGACUGCAGCGUCCGGUGGAGGAGAUGAAGGAGAUGUUCCGAGCUGCAGGCGUCGACCUCCAGAAGCCCAUCUGGGUGACGUGUGGGUCGGGGGUCACGGCGUGCCAGGUCGCCCUCGCGGCACACCUGUGUGGACACCCGGGGGCGUGCCUGUACGACGGCUCGUGGUCCGAGUGGUUCUCCAGGGCGGCACCAGAGCACAUCAUCUCUGAGGGGAAACGCAAACAGCAGUGAGACGACGUUUCUGCCUGAUUUUAAAAAGUGCCUCCUGCAUCGCCUUUCGCUUAUUAACUCUUUAUUCAGCAGUUUAUAAUUCACACUAAUGACACGGAAGUGUUUAAUUCUACAGGAGAAAAUAAAUAUCUAAACAGAGACGCACCGAUCCUGUGUGUUACAUUUACAUUCAACUCUUCUGGAAUUCAGUCGUAUAUGUUCUGUGUGCUUCAGAAACCGAGCACUAAAUACUGAACGGGUUCAAAUAUCGUACCAUAUAAUGCAUUAUAAUAAUCAUAUACACAGUAAUAAUAAAUACAUCAUUCUCUAAUACAAA